AACAGUUAUUGUAUAUCUGUUGUUUACACAAGCCAUUUGUAUUGAUAAAGAUGAUCUGCAUGCAUGUUUUAAUACUGUAUUAAGAGAAUAUUACUGUUGUUCAGAUUAUGAAGAUUUAAACGGAAUAUGUACGGCAUGUGCAAUUGGUUUUAAGUCGAGGACUGGACUGUCCUGCACUCCUUGUCCACAAAAUCUUUACGGACACGGAUGUUCAAUGCUAUGUGAAUGUAGUGAGUUGCACAGAUGUGACCAUGUCAGAGGGUGUGUAUUAAAAGAAGUAUCAUCUACAGCCUAUUCUAAAACUGAACAUAUAACAUCGAUUUUGAUAGCAACGUCCAGAUUUACCACUUUUAACAAGGUUGAAAGUAGUCAAGGAAUAGGUCCUGUUGAAGUUAGCACAAAUGAGGACAUGACAGUAUCGAUUUUAGACGAAAACGGAAUAUCAAGGAACCACUUGCUAAUUUACUCUGGAACAGUAACUGGAAUCAUUUUUCUUCUAGCGUUGACUUACUGUUUGAAUAAUGUUAGAAAAAGAAAGACAAAAACAUUACCAUCGGUGUCGGCUAAUGAAAACAUAGUUCACACGGGUAACGACGAGAACGUUCAAGGAAGGUCCGAUAAUUUUGAGAUGAAUGAAGACGUUUAUCAUACCAUUGAUGAAAGUAAUAUAGAAACGACAGCGGUAGACAAGUGCAGUCCUUAUUUAGAAGUUAUAGAGGGAUCAUCGAGUUCUGAAAGUAUGCCAAAUUCUCAAAGUGAUACUUCUAGUUUUCCUAAGCCAUACAGUGGCUUAAAAGAAGACGAAUCUGUAAACCAGAAAAAGAUCUUAAGUUUAGAAAUUAAUAAAGAUAGUCAUGGGCAACAUAAUGCUACAAACUCAACAGAUAGUGUAGAAGAGGGUUGUGACGAAUGCGUUACUCCAAAUCCAUGCAUAACCUUAGCGGAAACGGCUCAAGAUCCUGUAAGGUAUCACAAUACAACUCAAGUUGUCAUCCAUAAAGAACAAUCAAGCUCAUCAGAUUCGGAAAACGAAACACAAGACAGCAAUAACUAUUUAAAUCCGUAUGUACCUUUAAAAAAAGAGAAAGAUGCAUACUCAUAUGAUAUUCCUUUAAAAAUGACUGGAGAAAAUACUAGCUGAUUAUGGAAUAAGGGAAGAUAAAAACUGAAUGAAUGAUAAAUAAACCAACAAAAGAUCUGUA